GCAACUGUUAAAUUGGAAGAUGGGAAAUUAGUAGCUGAAUUUCCCAACUAUCGUCACACUGCAGAGAUUUCUGGAGGAAAGCUAGUAGAGGUGAGUUCUCAAAUUUCCAGAUUAGUUUUUAUAAAACAAACACACAAACCCUUUCAAGACCAGCAGGCUUAA